AUGCGUUCUAUGCCAUCUAUGCCAAGAAUACGUCAAAUUUGCAUAGUUCUGCCGAUUCAUUUUGCGCGUUAUUACCCCGCAUCGUUGCUUCUAAAUUUUUCAGGUUGUAAUAUUGAAAAUUGCGCCUAUGGUGUUACGAUAUGUGCAGAACGGACUGCACUAGCGAAAGCAGUUUCUGAAGGACACCUUCACUUUAAAGCUCUUGCAAUCUGCUCAGACGGCGAUGAAAUUUGUGCACCAUGUGGUCAGUGUCGCCAAUUCAUGAUUGAGUUUGGCGAUUUCGACGUUUACCUUGUUAACGAAACUAAGAAAAAAUCGAAAGUUUACACGGUGCGAUCUUUGCUGCCCAGUGCAUUCACUUCGGCUGAUUUGAAGAAUCCGAAAGUAUAG